GGAUUGAGAAUACUUCUCAGUGUUCAGUGAUGUCAGAGAUGAUAUGUGCAACGUUCAGUGAUUCAUCAGUCUAUGUUUGGUUGUGUGGCUGAAUGAAAGCUGAAUGAAAUCAGGUUAAACUGUUUCCACCGCUGCUGCUACACUCGUAGCGACUUCCUCUCUCUCUCUCUCGCCAGCCUCGAAAGAUUAUUUCUGUCUUGGUAUUUCUUACAUCGAAGAAGUCAUGUUAGCAGAGAAACACGAACGAGUGAAAUACUCCGUCAAUCCAACUGGUUCUGCCUGGAGUAAUGAUGAAAGCAAGUUUGGUCAGAAGAUGCUUGAGAAGUUUGGCUGGAAGAAAGGUAAAGGUUUGGGGCUGCGAGAAGACGGUUGCAAAGAACAUGUGAAAGUCACAAAGAAGAGUGAUAGCAAAGGGCUUGGUUUUAAAAACGUCUUUGGUGACAACUUGAUAAGUCACCAGGAUGAUUUUAACUCCUUGUUGAGCAGCUUGAGUGAAACCCACACUAGUGUCAGUCAUGCUGAUACAGGUGAUGUUAGCAAGUUGGUAGAAAAGUCUUGUGUGGCCAAAAGACGUGUGCACUACCACAAACACAUGAAAAGCAAAGAUCUGUCAGGUCGGACAGCAGAGGACAUGGAUUGUAUAUUUGGCCGAAGGAAAAUCAAGAUGAAGAAACCUGAGACUGAUCUGGUGCCAUCAUCAUCCUCACCAUCAGAAGUGGUUGCUCUUGAGGCUCCUAAUAUUGAUGCAAAAUCAGAAUCUACUGGAGAUUUUACCAUAAAUACUGGGAAGAGUAUAUUGGAAUAUUUUGCUAUGAAAAUGAAAGCAAUGAAAGAAGCACAUUUACAAGUAAGAGGCAGUGAUUCUGCACACAAGGAAUCUCUGGUUACAGAACCUACAGACUUAGAUUGUUCUAUGGAGGUUAACCACUGCCCUGAGCAAACUAUCAAAGAUAAGUCAGAUUCUACUAUGGAUGUUGACCACUGCCCCGAGGAGGCUGUUAAGAAGUUAAAGAAGAAAAAGAAAAAGAAGGUUAAGGAUGAGGAAUUUGAAGAAGAGGCAACAUGUGAAUUAAUAACUGAUGUAGAUGGUGAGCAUAAUUCUGAAUCUGUAGAUAAUUAUAAAAACCAAUCUGCUGAGAUGAGAGAUGAGUGUAUUGUGGUUCAACAUAAGAAGAAAAAAGACAAGCAUAAAAAGUGCAAGGAAAGCACAUCUGAUGUUGUUGACUGUGAUGGUGAGAAUGAUGUAAGUCAUGGAGAAACUGUUUGUUCAACAACUGGUGAGGCCAAAGAAAAGAAGUCAAAGAAGAAGAAGAAGAAAAAGAAGGAACAAGGUUGUGAAGUGGUUGAUUCUAAAAGUGUACUUCAUAAUUCUAUGGUGCAGAGUCCGGCACUUGUUAAUCUUGAGAACCAAAGUACAGUUCCCAGUUGUGGGGAGCAAAGUACAGCAGUGCUUAAUGUUGAAAUAGAAAAAGAUUUAGAAACUAGAGACGAAGAUUUUUACACAAGAAGAAAAAAAAAGAAAAAGAAAAGAUCUCGAGAAGAAAUGGAUAAUCUUAACCAAGAAGAUUCAGUGUCUGCAGGAGUGUCUGAUAAAGUCUCUACAGAAGAAUGUACUGCUCCAAAGAGUAGAAAACACAAAGAAAAAUUAAAGAAAGAAUGUAAUGUUUUACAUGAAACUGUUACUGAAGAACAGACAUCAACUGUUCCUGAUGAAACAUUUCGUUCUGAUAAUUCCGUUAGUAAUCCUGGAAAAACUGAAGACAAUCAGCAAAAUAUUUCAUUGGAACUGAUGUGCAGAAAGGACAUUAAGCACAACACAGAAGCUCUUCAAAGUGCCUUAGAACAUUUCCAACUUCUUGGAGCCAAUGUUUUAGAUAUAGUUGGUUAUUCAUUUUAAAGAAAAAUUAAAAAAAUUUUUCUAUA